CGGAGGUUGAUUGUCCGGACGAACGACGGGAUGAUCAACACGAUGCCGGGCGCGCCGAGCCAUGGUGACCUUGGCGGCUCGUCUGGACACGACGUCGCAGUAGUUGGUGCAAAUUGUCUUCUGGCACAAGCAGACGACGACCUGGAUGAGGACUUUGGUGAAACUACAGAAAGUUUUCAUCAUCAACAUUAUGUUGACGCAGCUUAUGGAUACGGCGCACGACGAAGACGCCGAACUGCCGUGGAGCGCAAACCCAACCGCACCGAGAGUACAAGAAGCCUUUUGCAAGAAUCAAAGCGAAGAAGCGAAAUGCACGAAAGGAAAGCUGAAAACAAAGCGAUGCGAGAUCAAGCCAAGCAGCGGCUGCAGGUGCGGUUGCGAAGCCUGUACGACACUUAUCUUACCCGUGUUGCCAUCCUGUUGAAGGACAUCCAAAAGAAACGGAACCGCUAUCACGCGGAGACAACUACGAUUCUGAAGCCUAGUCGUCCAGCUCCCACGCAGCUGAUAAAGAACGCUGCAGAGGUGGUCGUCGGAGCAAGCAGUUUCCACCGUGUCGGAACAAGCACAACGACAUCACAGAAAAAGGGCAUCGACAGAAGAACCCAGGAGAAGCUGUUGCGCAAGCUGGACUAUGAAGCAGGCAAAAAACACAACGAGAGUCGCGAACGCAGUGCGGCCGAGAUCGAGCGCAUCGUGGAAAGGGGCCUGAGCCUAUCAAGUGCAAAAAUGUCUGGGUCUGGAAACUUGUAAUGCUAAAAGUGAAUGAUAGGCGCACUGCAAUACGCAGCUAGGCAUGACAAAUUUUUUCGCUGCCAUGUCUUACGUAUUCCGCAUUGCAAACUGCGUUUUCGCAUGAAAGGUAAUAGGGCCUUUUGGUGCCUAUGCAACACAGAUUCUCGAAUCAUGCCAGACAAGCAUGACAAACUUGCAUUCUACUUCCAGACCCAGACACUUUUACAUUUGAUAGAGCAAGAGCCUCUACCGGUACUGCGGGACGGGGAGCGGCUGCGGGGACGAACUACCUGCGCGCCGCAGUGGGGGAAACAACGUGGCUCAGGAUCAUGAAGAAGGUGCGCAUCGUCGUGAGGAUCACCUGCACGAGCUGCAGCAGCACUGCAGCACCGAGCUGGAUCAUGAUCCUCUCGUCGACCAAGAAGAGCAGGAUGAGGAUGUACUAAGUGCUAGUGCUGAACAAGAAGCACAAGGACAAGCAAAAGCUGCACCGAUAAAUCGCCAGGACGACGAAAAAAACCAGAACGAGCAGGCACGUCUAUCGCGAGGAGAACACAAAUAUCACCUAGAUCAACCUGCUGAACGUCGAUGGCAGCACCCGCGGUUCGCACCUGCCGGUCAGAAGCUCGUGCAGGCAUGCAAUAUUUUCCGCCGCUUUUUGUACCUCAAAGCCGAACUGGAGCACAAAAAGGAAGUAGAAGAACACGUAGCUCCCUAUUCUUCAGAAGAAUUCAUUCUCGGUAAAAAUAAAAGUUGUUCUUUCAACAUCAGUGCAACUACAAGGUACUACGGGGACGAUGUCGAACCGUGUACGAACAAGAGAACUUCCAGCUCAGGGACUUGGACUUCUAUCGGGAGGGUACAAGAAGAACAAGUCGGGAAAAAGCGGGCACCACACCUUGAUGAUGGAACGAGGAAGCGAAAUCAUGGUGAUGUCGUGGCCCGGGCGCUGCACCAAUUUUGGAAUAACUCGCUGACUCUGUCUGACCAAGCUGCUCUGCUAAGUGUCUGCGACCACGUGGCCACGACACACCAGAACGCGAGUGCUGGAACCGAACGAAAAUGUCGAAGCACUGGUGCGCGUAGAAGGUCUAGGAGCGGCGCGAAGAGGAACGGAACUCGAAGACCGGCAAGAGGCGCAGGCCUCGCCUUCGUUCAUCCCGACGACGAAGACGACUACACCGCAUCUUCCGAAGCGGAGUUUUCCUCCGAGGUUCGACCGGCAGGAGACGAUUUCCGACGGGCGGGCGGCGAAAUUGGUAGAAUUGCCUCUGGCAGCACGACGAGGAAGAGGAACAGCAGUGGAGCAGGCAUUACUAGGAAUUGCAAAAGUUGUGUCGCGCUCGUACUGAUUUUGAGAGGUCGUGCAUUACAAGGGUGUAGAUUUUUCCUCGGAUCAACAAACUCGAACCCCAUUUGCCAACAUGCUGAGGAGAAAACUUGUGAUGCAUUGCGAUUUCCAGCUCCACUAGUCCUAGUGCCAUACUUUUGCAAUGGAUAGUUGCAAGCCGUAAGCAAAAAGAUUUUGACCCGCAGCCCCUUCCGCAGCCGCGGAACCUGGAGAGAUUGAUCCGGUGCUAUCUGCGCUCAUGUGUAACGACAGCGACUGCGGAGCUUGACGCCCUGCGAUCCUCGUUUUGCCAGGUCGAGUCUAACUACCGUGCGGGACUGCAGAGGCAGGUCGACCGCGACAAGGAGCAGCAGGCCCUGCGCAAAAAACGGCAGCAGUACAAGCGGGAAGUGGAGACGAAACGAGAAGCGGUUCAACAUCUCCAGGGGUACAACAGAAACCUCAGCAAGGUCCCCGAGGACGGAAAUUACAACCCCGACGGUCAUAUGCAUAGGAAAAUUUUUCUAGGUCUGGAAGAAUGCAGUAUGUCAUGCUGUUGCUAUAGAUAAUACCAUGCAUACGUAAUAAAUUUGAAUCGUAUUCGUAGGUACAAAAAUCUGUCUUUCAUGAACGCCAAAAGUUACCCAUUUCUUGCCACGCAAAACGCACUUUUCUCUUGCGGAGUAGACAUUAAGAAGCUCUUGCGCAGUUGUCUGCGAUGCUCUCGUGUUGUGCAUUCUAGAGUAUCUGUGUGAUCCACGAGAUGCAUGAUAUAUCAGCACACGCAUCUCCCAGAGGUUCCAGAAACAUUUGCAGUUGAUAGACAGUCGAAAUGAUCCUGAUCCAUUUCUUCACGACGCCGACGGCCGCCGAGUAAUGUUUGCUGCAGCCUCAUCCGCAGUUUCCCGCCACAAAGGUGCAGCAGCUCGUGGAACAAAUAACAGCGACGAGGACGACGAUCGUGCAGGUUAUGGAGAGGACGCCGACAGUCUUGCUCUGGACUCCGAACUGGAUAUCAGCCCGCAGGGGAAUACGGACUUGGCUAGUGACGCGCUCGGCGGUCGUUUGGGCUGCGAGCCGGUUUUACACGGGCAGCAGACUGUUGCGCAGCAGCUCGGAGCAGUGGAAGAGAAGUCGACCCCGGCGACGAUUUGUCCGGGGGCGGCGGGCGGUACUCAAGCAGGCGAGGGCGGAAAAUUUCCCAAGGAGCAAAGCGCCACGAUACGGCGCCGGGACGAGGCCCUGAAGAACUUUUAUAACCAGGACUUCACGAAGAUGACGUCUGCAGACAGGAGCGAAAAACUUUUCACACUGAGCGCGCAGAGGCAGAAGGCGGCGCGGCAGGAUGUGGAGAAACACAAGCGGUUCCUAGAGCAAAUGAAAAAGCGGCGCAGCACAAUGAAAAAGACGAAAGACCGCGAGGCCCUGGAUAAGGAGAUCCGGAAAGUAACGCUUAAGAUAAACGGUGGCGAUCUGUUGGAAAUCGAGGAUCUCAGGCAAGGAGAAAAUUGGACGGAUCUUUUGCAGGGACAUAUGUCCGCUCUGCAGGACCACAAGCUCGAACAGGAGUGGCACAAGAAUUACAUGCUCGAUGCGCAAUAUGAUCGUGAGAAAAAAAUGUCUCAGUCUCACCUUUUGUUUAGCUUCCUUGACUUGAGACAGUCAUGCCCCACAUGUACGACAUUCGUGUCGUCUUUUCUACGAAUGUGUUUUCCGUUGUCGUGUCAGACGUUGAUUGUGCUUUGCAGUUCUAUUUGUUUCCGUGUCAUGCUGUUGAGCAUAUUGGUUCUUCUCUUGUAUUCCGGAGUCUGCAUAAUGUUUGAGACUCAGACAGUUUUUUCUUGCGAUAUGCGAAACGUCUUGCGCGUGCACUCAGGGUACCGAGAGCACCACCUGCUGCGAGAGCAAAUGCGGGGAGAAAUUAUGGGGAGAAAGCUGCAGGUCGUGCGGCACGCGGCAUCUUCAGGCGGGCUCGCCAAAGCGAUGGCGAUGGUGAUGCCCCAGCCGCCGCCGCGCGAUCCCUACUGGCGCCUGAUUCCGAAGCCGGAUCCACGGAACCUGCAGCGGGGCAGCUGCACCGAGUUUGAAUACGUUCCCUGGAACUUUCGGAGCACAAGAGAGUUGCACGUUAUCCGUGCCUAUCAAAUGCAAAUUCUAGAUAUGCGUCUGGGUUCUUUGGAAGAGUGCACGUGCAAGGCCUGUCAUGCUCAAUAAAGCACACUGACACUCAUCAAGUCCUCCAUCAUGCGCAUUUAUUACCGAAAAGGCAGAAGCAGGCCCCUCUGUCUAGUUUGAAACCACACAGGAGAGGCAGAUUCGGCAACAAGCAGAAGCAGCUCAAAAACUUGUCAUGCUUUGCCAUAAUUGAUCGAGGCGAGGCCGUUCUUGUGAUUUUUCAGUAAACACCAUCACAAGUUUCUCGACUCAGACGCAUGCGCAAUCCAUAGUGCCUGUCCCAUUACUACGCUGUCCUUGAUGCGGCACCGGGAAGAGCAGGAAAGAGAAAAACACAUACAGAGCCAACUCAGGUUCGAACGGAUGACGAGGCAGGCCGUUGCUCCUGGCGGGAGACGGGGUCAUCCGCCGGAAGGAGCAAAAUGGGACGACCACGACCAGGAAGAGCACCUGUGCCAGCAUAUCAAAGGGAAAAAAACCCCCUCCUCGUCCCUAUACUAGUCAAGAUGACAAGGCUGCUAGACAAACCAACAAGCUUUGGUUGUUCCGCAUGACAAGUUUGGCCACAUAGUGGGAUCCUGUCGAGCAAGUUCAGCAGCGUCACAGAUAAUUUAAGUAGCGCAUCGUGGUGAUAGAAGAUUGGGACAUCAACACAAAUUGUUCCGAAACAUGACUAGAAAAUGCUUCUCAUGGGGCUCUGCUGGAGAAAUAUUAUGAGCAUGCAGAUUUGCAAUUGCAUCACAACUAUGGGGUCGCGGGGACGUUUUUACAUAGGAUACAGAAGCUCCAGUCUUCACGAGGGCACCACGUGAAGAACCUGCAGGAGUGGCAGCUGGCCGAGUCGGCCGCUCGUCAUUCAUUUUACGGUAAAGAUCAUCGUUCUCAGCACCCUGGCGCAGGCACGACCAACAGCAGUACCAAAAGAUGGGGAGCGGCAGGCGCCGGUGGAGUUCAUCUGCUGCAAAGAGGGGAGAACCAACACCACCAACCAGCUGCGCGCCACCCGCUGCUGUUUCAGUACAACCUCAUGGUGGACGAGCCACCGCCUAACCCGCCCGAGCUGCAGCUGCUCUUGGAAGAAGACGGAUCGGAGGACGAGGAGUUGCUAAACGAGGAAGAAGACGACGAGGCGCGCACCUACCGGGCCAUGAACGAGCGGCGGGAAGAGCAGGAGGAAAAGGAAGCCAAGGAAGAUAUUGCAAGGAAAAACUCCCCCUUCCCAAAUUGAAAACGCAUCCUUCUGAAAAUCUGUGAUGCAGAUUUGUGACCACAAAUCGGGUCCGUCUUGCAAGCAGGCACGCUCAGGCUAUCCCUCACGCUAUUCAGGCGAUUUGUAAUGCUGUAAGGCCUACAGAGUAGCGUAGCCGUCGACCAUGCUGGGUGCCUAUAACAAAAGGCCCCCGCCUAGGCUCAGGAUCUGCGUGCAUUCCUGUACAACUGCAACGCAAAUCUGAUUUGUGUAUCCAAAUCCAGCGUCAGAAACUUCGCUUCGAUAUGGAGACGGGGGAAUUUUCCUCACAAUAGAAGAGGAGGAACAGACGGAGUCCAGCACGGACUCGGACGACGUGGGACCCCGGUCGUGGUGGCAGCGGCGCUAUCCUGUGCAAAAGUAUCGUACUCGUAUUGCAAAUCAAGCAUUGCAAAUCUUUUUCUUGAGGUAAAUCCGCAUUACAAAUUUCAUUUCUCAUUCUGAGGAAAUUUGCAAUGCAUUUAUACGAAUGCGAUACUUCUGCAGUGCAUAGGCGCGGCAAGCACAAGGUCGGACCAGACGAUGGCGACGGAGCAGCUGGAGCGGAUGCGUUCGGGAGUCAAAAGAUAAUUUCCUCCAAGAAUCUUCAUACGAAGCACGACAAAAAUGACACUGGCAACAAGAACGCAACGACCAAUAACGACUUUGAGUCGGUCACUAGCCUCACCACUGAUAGCAGUUGGUCCUGGUCUCCAUCUGAAGACGAUGACUCUCGCUGGGGCGGCAAAAAUACUCGCCGGCCUGCGAGAAGGUUUACUUCUAUCGAUGUGCAAAGCUCUUCCUCGACAUCCUCCGGAACAACAAGAGAGGAUGAACAGAAGUGCAAUGUUGAAGUGGUUGCCAGCAGAGCAGGCAGUACUCCUGUGAGAGCGAAGAUCCGCGGUGGAACUACUACAACCAAUAUUACACAGCAUUGUCCGACAAACACGUCAGCCGCCCUCGCCCAAAAUAGCAGUUGUGGCUCCGCGGAGCUGCAGGAUGAAGAGCGUGCAAGCCUCGAGGCCGUUGCGGUCGACGGUGCAGCUGGAGCUGGACCAGAGGUGGCAGGAGCGGUUUCAUCUAUUUAUUUUCGCAGUAGUAAAACUAGCACGACCAGCAGGAGAGAGGACGAGGACUUCUGCGCAGUGGGCGAGCAAGAACUGCAAGAGAUGACCACUGCGGUGGAAAGAACUUUGGCGUGCAAUGAUGAGGCUGAGACUUCUCUGCCUCCUGCUGCUGCUGCAGAGCAGCGCCAGCCGCAGUCCUUCUUGAUGUCCGCGCCGGGAAUGUUGUUUGAGGAAAAACAUAAAGAUAUCACCACUUCUUCUUCUAGCGAAAGACACGAACAAAAAAUGAUACCAGCGGAACAACAAGAUGAACAUGAACUACAGAAGGGCCAACAACAAGGGCUGUCCGAUUGCAGUACUAGUUUGCUCGACGCUGCUCUCUUCAAUACUGAUCCUCCAAUCUUGAUGAAGAUGCCACGACCAGCGGCGAACUUUCCCGUAGCGGCUGAAAACGGCCGUGACCUUGUCGCGGAAGCGGAACCGGGAGGUCCAGCAGGAGCGCUCUUUCCCGUAGGCGCGGAAGACGACCGUCAUCAAGUAGAUUUUGUCGCGGAUGAACAGGAGCUGGCGGUCUCUGGUUUACGCUGAGUAAAAACGUACCCACACCAGAGUUGUAAUGCAGAUUUGCAAAGACAGGAAGACUUGUAAUGCGCAUCCCCAUGAGAGCCAAGUCCAAUCGUGUUUUGAAAUUUGUGAUGCUGUGAACAGGAUGAGCAGAUGAAUCUGUGAUGCGGCUGCAUUUGCUAACCUGCACUACACUACGAACUGCAACUUGUCAUGCGUGAUUCACAAAGCUCCUAGGUUUGUGUUGCAGAAUCCCCAUCCUGACUCUGGUGUGGGUACGUUUUUACCCAGGAUAUGGCUGUCCUGCACUUCUUUCUACGUCCCCAUUUUUGCAGCUACAAGAACUACCGCCACCUCCCGCGACACCGGCAGCUGCUGCGGUGGAGGUGGUCAUUAAGCCUGGUGCCAAUGAACCUCACGACUGCACCAGCUACACGACACAAGCAAGAAGGAGAACCUCUACCACAGCUCCCGCUGGUCCUGGGGAGCAAGCUGCACAUGAGGACGGCCCUCAAUCUUUCGACCCCGUUGUCGUUGUUUCCCCGGCACGCUACGCGGCGAACUUGCUUCUGGAGAGGAAUUCGAAUUCUCAUGGAUUUGCGCCCGCUCCAGGUCCUGCAGCUCUUGCGCCCCCCGAUGAUGUUGGCGGAGGUGUAGCUGUUUUGUCAGGAAGACUGACGGGUAAGGAUGAUGUGAAUUUUGUACGGGUCGGCCACGGGUCCGGGCACACCGGGCAGCCGAGUUUCGAAACGAAUUCCAACGGACUGAAAAAUACUGAUUCAUCAGCUGGCACUAUAGGUUCCCCUUCUUUGAAUGAAGUACUUGUCGCGCCGCCCCCCUCCACGUCCUUUGUGGACUACACAGACCUUCUGCCCCUGGUGGCGGAUCAGAGAAGUGAAAGGAAGAAGCUUCGAAUGAAAUUCCGGCUGCUCGACUGCAGCGCGAUUGCGACGAAUCGGAUGGAACUUUUGCGCGCCGGGGAUGAUGCACAAGAAGUAGAUGCUGUAGCGGCCUUACAAGUCGCUGCUUCAUCGUCCGCACGCACAGCCGCUGCAUCAAAGCGAGACCAGAAGUUAUUUUCUGCGAGCAGCAACAGCAUAUACGUACGACAGCUCCGCGCCCGGAUCCGCAAGGAGCUCAGAUUGCGUAGGAGGCAGCUCCUUGCUCAGCAAAAAAAUCAUGUAUAUGCGGCUAGACGAGGAAACGAAAGUGCCAAGAUUGACUCGUCAUCUUCCUCUUUCACAGCGGAAGAAGUAGAACAACACGAACGUCCAACUGUGGUGGUGCCUUUGCUGCGCAAUUUUUUUCAGGCUGCGCGCGAAUUGUACGAACUCGAGCAAGUUAUGAUAGUGCACAGCUCGUCGUCGUCCCCCUCUUCGUCAUUUGUCAUCCACCAAAGUGGUGCCACAGUCAAAGCCUGUCCGGGUCCUUUGAGCAUGUUUGCGUUAGAAGUCGCGGACACCCAAACUGCACUACAUUCCGGAUGCCGAUUUGAUGUCAUGCAAAAUCUGCAUCCUGUACAUACACAUAGGUUGUAUAUCGUUUCUGUUGCUAGAAAUGCUAUGCGAAUGAGGGGCAGGGGAGUUCUUGUGCACUCUCAUACAGGUUGAGCUUCUUUCACGAAAAAGACCUACUUCGGCUAUCUUGCCGUGUCUAUUCCAACUCGGCACCGUCCUGCGCGGCGAGCUCUUACGUGCCUGCCAGCCGUUCGCCUGCCAUAUCAAAAGAAAAAAGUUCGUCACGAUCACUCAUGGGCAUUUUUGCAAUACAAAAUUGUCUGUCAUGCGUAAAAAUGCAUCACAGCCACACUUCAUAAGGGAUCUCCCUAGUGUUUCUGCAAUACAAGGAGAAGCUGCGAUGCUAGACAAAGUUGUAAUGCAAAACCUGCAACUUCGUGACUGUGACAAACUUUUUUCUCUCCAUAUGCCACCGAACCACGCUACUAGUGAUCACCCAGGCGUUCCGGGACCUCAAUCGUGUGUUUCUUUUCUCCGCCAUGUCUGCGUCGCCUCAAGAGGGCCCGACGACUAUUAACGUGGCAAAGACCGGGAAAAUAAUCGUAGGCGACGCCGACGACAGUGCUGGUGGAACUUCCUCCCUGCCGCCUGUUUUUCAAGCAAAGUACCUCUCUAUCCCCCCUGCAAUAUGACAAUCAAAAGUGCGUCUCCCACCAGAACUUGGCUGCAUUUGUAUUGCAAAACUUCGUGAUAAAAACACUGCCCAUCUUGGUCUUGCAUGUGUCCUCAGCGUCACAAAUUUUUGAUGGCGAAUAGCAAAAGUCUGUGCUGCAAAACAUGACAGCAACAGCCGUGUCUGUUAUGCAAGAGAUACAUUGUGCUCUCUGGGUUCUGGAACGAAAGACUCGCAGUCCUUUUUUUCAUGCAAGACAGAAACUUUGACUUUCAUGACUAUCUGCGUAAAGGUUUCCGAAUAGGUUGCGUCUGAGAUUGGGGUCGGACUAGCAAGGUACUUCAAAAUCAAAUUCAGCCUGCAUUACCAUUUGAAAAUCUACUUAUAUGCAUCAGAAGAUUUUGCAACUUCCGUUGUGGGGCCGCUUUUCAUUUUGAUAGGCGCCUGAGGUUCGUUUGCACCAGAUUUUGCGGAAACGCUUGGCCGGCAACUCGUCGUCGACGCUGGGAAUGCUCCGGCACCUGUGCGACAGACUUGCGCGUAUACCCAUGCGAGACCUGCCGCAAACACAACAGCGAGGCGGUGGAGAGCAAUCUGUAGCUGCACCAGGGGACGACCAGGACGUGGACGCCGAGGCGGAGGACCCGGUUCUUUCCUCGUCAUCCAAAGAAAACGACGCAGCUGCGGCUGUAAAAAGUCAGAAAGCAAUCAAGGGCAAUCUGGCUCGGGAGGCCGUCCGCCGAGCCAGACAUGCCUGCUUUCGGCAUGCGGUGAGCGCCCAGGAGACUCGUCAAGCGACAGUGAUCUUCGCAUCUCCCACACGACCACCAGUUGUAGCCGAUCAGUGGCGAGGUGUAGAAGUAGUUGCUGAAAGAGGUGGUAGUUGCCAUAAGCAGAAAGCUGUACUACCUGCUCGUCAAAGUGGUACAAGAUCUUGUUUGUCUCCGCGCGAUGUCGGUGCGGAGGAGCAAAGUGCUCCGUGGUUCAACGUCGUCGUGGGCGGCGGGGGGAUAACGAGAAGUGCCACUAGUUGUAUUAACUAGAGAUGAAUUCGUUCUGGCUUCUGUCGCUACGACCCCUUGCUAAAAUUUCGGUGUCUACUUCGAAAACGUUUUCUCGACGAGCGUGCCGCGGAAGUAAAGAUCCACACGUUGUGCGGCGGGGAAAACCGGGACUGUGGCAGUGCUUCAGCUUCCUCUAGCAGCUGUAGUUUUGUUUCCUCGCGCAUUUUUCAAAAUUUAAUUCUGAUUAUGCCUUGCCAAUAUGUCUUGGACUUGGUCUGUGCAGACUGGGUCAUGCUGGUUUUGCAUCAUGCCCCGGAAGGGCGGGGGCUGGAAUGCAGAGUCUAGUCUUGAGUCACAGGUUAUGUGAGAGGCUCACACGGCCUGCUUCUCAUUCUCAACGUGAGAAAUGAUCUCUCAGCGUAGCCAAAAGUGGGACCUUUUGCUGCUCCUGCGUGCCAAAUUUUUGUGUCACUGAAAAAGACGAACAUCACAAGUUUGCACCGUUCCAGACCCAGACAUGUUUGCAUUUGAAAAAGAAUGUUGACGCGACGACGAUUGGUAUCCACACCCAGGAAAAAUGUGCGUCAAGUGGAGACUUGUGUCGCUUCCGGAGCAGCCCAUGCAACAACGGUACAAUUGUCAUGCCAGGCACCCAUGUUAGUAAAAGAAACUAGACGUGUUUCUUGUCAGUGCCUCAUUUUCGCAAAUUAUUCCGAACUUGUCAAUUUCAAAUGUGACAAUCCCAUACGAUUUGAUAAUUUUAUCGUAACUUUUUUGUUCAGCGAGCGUCAGAGGGAUCUUUUCAGCCAAAUUAUCAACACAUAAACGAGAAUCGAAAUCCCUGCCCUUGAGCACGAUAUUGUAAAAAUGCAUGUCUAGGCAGCGCGCCUGACGUCGCAGUUGCUGUGGGUUGAUAAUAAUUGAUUCCAACAUGAUGUAUAAAAAUGUUUUUAUUGACUGACACGACAAUGCCGAUGCCCACGAUUAGCUUUUGCAAUGUAAUAUUUCAAGUAUUGCAAAUCGAGGGAUCUACUUUUCAGUUUUGCUUUUGCAGCACGUAGAAACAACCCUUUAGAGGUACUUAGAAUUUGUGUCUAUCUUCUGGAAAAGAAUGCGCCCUUAGUACCUUCAUAUCAUGCAACCCAUUUUUCUGAUGGAAACUAAAUCGCCAAUACUAGAGUCAAGUCGCUUGCACUUCUUUCGUGCGGCGUAUUUGUAUAAUGACAGAGAAAUUUAUAGACAGGGAGUAGGGAGGACCCUGGAGGACCAGGGAGGAUCAGGGAGGAGCGUUCAUGUCUAUAUAGAAAAAGCAUUGGGCAUUUUUUCAAAAUGUUGUAUUCACCGAUUGCAUAGCGCAUUUUCGGGCCAAGGCUACUUCAGCUUUCUGAUAGCCAUACCAAUAACAACAGCGUGACGAAAUUGAACAACGACGCAAAUUGUUGAAGUAGCCACUUCAACAAUUGGCGUUGUUGUUCAGUUUGCAACGUGUCACGCAGUUGUUAUGGAAGUGGCUACUUCAAUUCGCACAGGCAAACUGUUGAAGUUGCCACUCCAAAAAUUUGCGCUGUGCAAAUUUUUGAGGUAGUCACCUCAACAAUUUGCGUUUUUGCUGUUGUUCGGUUUGGGUUUGCAACGUGUCGCGCAGCUUUUGUUGAAGUGGCUCUUUCAACUUCGCGGAAAGUUGAGGCAGCCACUUGAAUAGCAACUGCAUGACAAAUUGCCACAAUAGUGGCAAUCUAUUGAAAUGGAACAAAAAUUGUUAAAGUGGCCACUUCAACACUUUGCCUUCAACAAUUUGGGUUGUGCAAAUUCUUAAAGAGCACCAUACCGCCGCGAUUGGGGUUUUUAUGAUUUUUCGGCUUUCGGUUUUGGGUUUUAUAUAGCAAAAUCGCCUCCCUGGUCCUCCCUACCCUGGGGCCCGGGAUUUCAUAAAUUCUUCUGUAAUGAUGAAGCACACCUAGUAUUUGAGACGAGAAGGGGAACGCCCCCUGGGGCUCUGUCUUUCUUCCCUUUUUCUUUUCGUGUGUAGUUCUAACGGUCUGGACGCGGGUCGUGACUCACGUGCGGUCGCAAAUAAGAUAGAACUCGCCCGAGCUCAUGCUCACAUAUGUCUGGAAACGAAAUGCAACCACUACAACGGCUGCAGGGCGCAAUCUCUUUUAUGUAUCUAUGCAAGAAUGUGGUGCGUGGUCGGCCUAUGAGUGAAACACAGAUAUGAGCAGCAUGUAACAGAAAC